CGGUUUUAUAAGAAGUCAGCUGCAGUUUAACCUAGAAGCUCUGUCUCUCUCUCUCCCCGCCAUGGCAUACCAACCUCGAGCUCCGAAUCAAGGAAACAGCGCAGAUGAAAGCAACUCAAAUCGCCGACUUUACAACCCAUACCAAGAUUUACACCUCCCGACGCAGACCCUGUACAACCUCCCCACCUCACCGGAGUUUCUGUUCCAGGAGGAAGCCCACGCGCAGCGCCGCUCAUGGGGAGAAAAUUUGACCUAUUAUACAGGUAUAGGCUACCUAGCCGGCGCGACGGCCGGCGCCGCCAAGGGGUUCGCCUCCGGGGUUAAGGCUAUUGAGCCGACGGAUACCCUGAAGCUGAAAAUCAAUAGGAUCCUCAACGGGUCUGGUCACGCGGGCCGGCAGAUCGGUAACCGGUGCGGUGUCAUCGGGCUCUUGUACGCGGGCCUUGAAAGCGGUAUGGUCGCGGUUAGAGAUACGGAUGAUAUAAUCAACAGUGUGGUGGCCGGGUUGGGUACUGGAGCUCUUUACAAGGCGGCGGCGGGCCCGAGGUCCGCUGCCGUGGCGGGGGCGAUUGGCGGCAUGCUUGUGGGACUUGCCGUCACCGGGAAACAAGCUUUGAAACGAUACGUCCCGAUUUGAGUAGUUGAUUUUCCUUUUUAUUCUUUUGGGAUUUUGAUUUUGCUUUUGUUUGGUCGGUCGGUGUUCUCUUAAUCAAUUAACUAGUGGUCUACUUAUACUAAAGGUGCAACUUUGAUGAUUAUUCAGCUCUUGUGGCACUGAAAAUUUUAAGUUCUUUAUAUGCAGGCAUGAAAGGAUCAUGCUUUUCAAUUUGUAGUAUAUAAUAUUAGUAUUUAGUACUCUAGUUCUAGUAUCAUUUAUGUUGUUUGUAGAAGACAUGGAUUUGUGAAUAAAUUCCAGGAGAACAGUGAUACUGCCAUUCUUAAUUUUCCCUCUCAAUGAUAAAUUUGUAGAAUUCUUUCGCA